GUUUUAUGCAUGAAGAUGUGUAGCCACCACUUUAUUUUAAUUUUCACAAUCUAUAGGAAUGGAAAUAUGGAGCCAACAACAAAUGAGGCAAACGACACCAUACCAACUACCACAUCCUCAAACAAUAUGACAUUCACUAUCCCUCCUCCUCCAAAAAUUCGCUUUGUACCUAAUCUCAACUUUGGUUGCAAAUGGAUUCCUCCAUCAGCUGUUGAAAUGGUGCAUAAUCCCAUACCAGACGGUAACUGUGGUUUUCGAGCUUUAGCUGUUGAUCUGCAUAAGACAGAGGAGCGAUAUGUCGAUGUCAAGACCAAGAUGCUCGAUCAGUACCUCUCCAACGCCAAUACGCUUUACCAAUACUAUGACAAGGGCCUUUCACUUAAAGUACUCGAUCUUUAUUCUAGUGA